GGGGGCCGCUGCCGCCAUGGUGUUGCACCCGGUGCUGGGGAAGCUGGUCAGCAAGAGGGUGGUGCUGGCCAGCGCCUCGCCGCGCCGGCAGGAGAUCCUCACCAACGUGGGCCUGCGGUUUGAGGUUGUUCCAUCCUGGUUUAAGGAAACACUCGAAAAGUCGUAUUUUGCAGCCCCUUAUGAAUAUGCUGUGGAAACAGCAAAACAGAAAGCUCUUGAAGUAGCGAACAGAAUGCAUGUAAAACACCUGAGAACACCUGAUGUUGUCAUAGGAGCAGACACUAUUGUGUCUGUGGAUGAACAAAUUCUGGAGAAACCAGUUGAUAAGCAAGAUGCAUAUAGGAUGCUCUCCAGGUUGAAUGGGAAAGAGCACAGUGUUUUCACAGGAGUGGCUAUUAUACAUUGCAGCAGUAAAGAUAAUCAGCUAGAGAUGGAAGUCACUGAUUUCUAUGAAGAGACUAAAGUAAAAUUUUCUGACCUGUCUGAAGAUCUUUUGUGGGAGUACAUUCAUAGUGGGGAGCCAAUGGACAAGGCUGGUGGAUAUGGAAUCCAGGCUCUCGGUGGAAUGUUAGUUGAGUAUGUUCAUGGAGACUUCUUGAACGUGAUGGGAUUUCCUCUGAAUCACUUCUGCAAAAAGCUAGCAGAAUUGUACUAUCCGCCUUCUAAACACAGCGUACAACAUAAAAAGCAUGACUCUAUCCCUUCUGUGGACACUUUUGAGAACCUAAGUGAUGGAGAAAGUGAAUCUUCAAAUUUCACAGAGCACAAAGGUUCUAGUAAGUUGGACAGCAGCGGGAUGUGUUCCUCAAGAUCUAUUAACAAUUCUGAAAACAGUUCUAGUGUCAGAAGUGGAUUUAUGGUACCUCUGGAAAAUCAGAAUGGCAUGCCAGAAAGUACAACAAAACUUCCAUCUAAAAUUCUAGAGCUGAUGGAUGGAUUUAGAGCCUCAAAGGCUCUGUUUGUAGCCUCUAAGCUGAAGAUGUUUGAUCACUUGAAAAAUAAAGGUCCACUGAAGGCUGUGGAUAUUGCAAAUGAGGUUGGAACCUCUGUGUGUGGAACAGAAAGACUUCUUGAUGCGUGUGCUGCUCUUGGAUUACUGGAGAAAACACCACAAGGGUAUAGUAAUACAGAUUCAACAAAUACGUAUCUGACAUCAGAUGGUGAAUACUCACUUCAUGGCUACAUUAUCCACUCUAAUGACCACCUUUGGCCUCUCUUCACAUACCUGGAGUCUGCUGUCAAAGAAGGCAGCAGGCAGAACCAUCGAGCCUUUGGAAAGAAAGCAGAGGAUUUAUUUAAGGACUAUUAUCACAGCCAGGAAGUGAAGCAACGUUUUAUGGCUGCCAUGCACAGCAUUGCCCACCUAACAGCAAGAGACGUGGCUACAGCAUUUGAUCUUUCACGGUUUAAAUCUGCUUGUGAUUUAGGAGGUUGCACUGGAGCUCUAGCUCAUGAAUUAGUACAAAUAUACCCAAAUCUCAAAGUCACAGUAUUUGACCUUCCAGAAGUCAUUGCAAACACCUCUUCCUUUCAGCCUUCAGCACAACACGCGGCUCCAGUAACGUUUGUAUCAGGUGACUUCUUCAAGGAUAAUCUUCCAGAAGCAGAUCUUUAUAUCCUUUCACGUGUUCUUCAUGACUGGCCUGAUGAAAAGGUACAUGUGCUUUUAAGCAAGAUAGCGGCUGUUUGCAAACCAGGCUGUGAGAUUUUGCUGGCAGAAAUGGUACUGGAUGAUGAGAAGAGGAGCACAGCUCUGCUGCAGUCUUUGAACAUGCUUGUGCAGACAGAGGGAAAGGAGAGAAGUGGCUCUGAAUAUCGAGCCUUACUGCAACAACAUGGAUUCACAAAUGUCAAAAUCAGAGUGACGGGAAAUUUGUUAGAUGUUAUUCUCUGCAUUAAGACCUAAAAAAAAAAAAAGGGGGGGGUUUUAAUAGUAAAAUCUAGACAUUUCUAGUCAUGUUUCAUGUUUUGUAAUUAUGCAGUUACAAACUCAGUUUCCUAUCAACAUUGUAAACAAGAAAUGUUAUGUCAGCUUUAUGAAGUUUUUUUAAAAAGGGGAAGGAUUGAUUGCAUUUAUUUUAAACUCAAGUAUAAUGAAGCCAGAAGAUUCUACCCUCAGAAACAAGUCUCCAGCCACAAAUACAGCCUUACAGCAGUAUUCACAUUGCUGAGAAAUCAGAGUUUCUUCCUUCAUGGUGCAAUUAGAAUAGUCCUGGGUUUAGAGCAGCUUUGCCCAUUUCAGGGGGUCAGCACACUUCAACACUCCAUCACCAUCCACUUUAAUGUCACUUUAUGUUAAGCACUCUAUUGUAAAUAAAGAAACAUUCUCUAACAAA